UGGCCUUAUGGCUUCGGUGAUAUCAGUAGUGCAUUUGGGUCUUCUGAUGAUGAGAGAUUUUUUAGCGCUGGGUCGCAGCGCUACGUCUGUGCUCCCGUCGCCACCUGAAUCGCAAGGUGAAAGUACCACCAGCGUGUGUUACCGCUCUCCGCCCGUGGUCGGUGCGCACGGUUCUGACAGCGGGCGUCCCGCUGGGGGCGGUGUCGUCCAGGGUAACCAUGACAACGGACGCGUCCUUGUCAGGGUGGGGUGCGACAAUGAUGGGCAGAGCAGUGAACGGCACCUGGAGACGCGAUCUAGCUCAGGCUCACAUAAACCUCCUAGAACUUUGGGCAGUGUUCCUUGCUCUAAAACACUUCCUGCAAUUUAUCCACGGCCGCCAUGUCUUGGUAAAGACAGACAAUUCCACUGUAGUGGCAUACGUCAACCGGCAGGGCGGCACUCGCUCACUGAAACUAAACGAGUUAGCUCGAGAAAUUAUCUUGUGGAGCAGCACCAGACUCCUGUCCCUUCGGGCGACGCAUGUACCGGGUGCCCUGAACAGAGGAGCAGAUCUUAUGCCCAGAGGAAACCCCCUGUACGGGGAAUGGACUCUUCAUCCACAGGUUGUUGGACAAAUAUGGCAGAGAUACGGCUUGGCAGCCGUAGAUCUCUUCGCCUCGCUGGAAAACACUCAGUGCCCGCUGUUUUUCUCCCUGUCAGACGUAAGGGCUCCCCUAGAGGUAGAUGCGCUGGCCCAUCCGUGGCCAAACGUGCUGCUAUAUGCCUUCCCCCCUCUCAGCCUGAUCUCCCCCACCCUAGCCAGGGUGAGAGAACAGAGUCUGUCGCUAAUCCUAAUAGCGCCGCGGUGGCCGGCUAUACAGUGGCAAGUGGCGGGUUUUUGAGGACUGGUGCGACUCGAGGAACGCCAUUCCAUAUCAGUGUUCCAUGGUGGACCUACUGUGUUUCCUACAGGGAUUAUUGGAAAAGGGUAAGGCCUUUUCCACGAUUAAAGUGUACGUUUCCAGGCCCCUGGUCCCUUUGUGGGAUUUAUCGGUGGUGCUGGAUGCCCUCUCUCAUCACCCUUUUGAGCCGUUGGAGGCGAUGGGGAUGACGUUUGUGUCG